AUGGUGACAGUAUUGAAGGAGAUUCCAACUCUUUUUGAAAAAUUUGGUGUGGCUCGUGGCAUUCUGGAUAAAAUCUCGCUAUGGCGUGGAGACAUAACGAAACUUGAAGUUGACGCAAUCGUCAACGCUGCUAACUCUGGACUAGCUGGAGGUGAUUUUUAUGAUGCCCAUAGCCGUUUGAAGGCUAUCUAUAUAUCACGUGUUGACUCUGUUUCGUCUUUGGAAUUUAUCACAAUAAUGUCGCCUUCUGCAAAUCACGUUUACGCUGCAGGUGGUGGUGUAGACGGGGCCAUACAUAGAGCCGCUGGGACGAAGGAUUUACAGAAGGAAUGCCGAGCUAUUGGUCACUGCGACACAGGCGCCGCUGUCAUCACGAGCGCUUGUAAUAUAAAGCACGUCAAAAACAUCAUUCACACCGUUGGUCCAAUUUGCCAUGGUGCUCUUGCGAGUGAAGGUGAACGGGAGAAACUUAAGUCAUGCUAUCACUCUUGUCUCGACCUAGCCGUCAAGAACAACCUCAAGACAGCAUUUUGUUGCAUUUCAACCGGGGUUUAUGGCUAUCCGCAAGACGAUGCUGCGAAGACGGUGGUUGGGCUGCUAACUGAUUGGCUAGCAAAGCCAGAGAACGCAGCUAAGAUUGCUCGUAUCGUCCUGGUGCUCUUCAAUCCUGCCGAUGUCAGUUUCUACGAAAAAUUCUUCGAAGAUUAUGCGAAAACUCAGAAAUGA